AUGAAGGCUAUAUCGAACGCCGGGAAGUCUCUUGCAAUUUCUUCCUACAUACACGACUCGAAAUCGCGGUUUGAUGCGUGUUUCGCGGAGUUCUUUGCAUCGGUGCACUUAGUUUUGACGUUCCGAGGCUUGGCGCGCACCCCACCCGAUUCCAAGGUUAUGGCCGUUCCCCGUGCCUCCGCCGCGCACUCUAUCAACGUUGUUGGAGGACUGCUCACGUGCCAUUAUGUUCAGCCUUGCCCCGAAAGUGAUCUCAACACCAGUCAUCCAGACGCAACAUUGUUGUCGGACACAUACAUCUUAUCUUUUGGCGACAAUGAUGUGCCUUGGUCCAUCACUAACAAUGGACCAUCACGACAACAUGACGGAGAUGUUGAAUGUGAUUUGAUUAGGAACACUGGGCAUCGUAAUGAUUUUCUUGUCGACGAGUCCGCUUUCACUUCAAGUUUGAGUUCGGGUUCUUCCUCGACAGUACAUCACACCGCAACUACAUAUGAUCAUGGAACAACCAACUUUGCUGCUUUCGACUGGGUUGGGGGUUUCUCUGAGCAGCCUGGAAGCUAUGAAGCAAUGCUUCCGCCCGACUGUGCCGAUUCCAUAUAUAACUUACCACUCUCUAUGGUUGACGGUUCCAGCUGCUCCGACCACUGGCACACCAAUUUGCAAGUGGACGUGGUUGGAGCGCCUCACGGAGCUUUCGCGCGUGACACUGUCGAGCCAUAUCUCCUACAAUGCCAAGACGGAUUGAGCAUAGAAGAUGAUGAGCUCGACACAACCCGCACCCUGGACAUUUCCAGUCACAAUUCGUUGCCGGAAUUGCUCUCGUCUGCGGCCGUAAAUGUCAGGCCACAGGGGCUAGGGAAACGUUCUCUCACACGAAAGGGAGAACACCGGCAGUGCAACACAUCUGUUUUUCGAGAAUGGCUUCAUAUUAAUGGUUUAAGAUCAUACCCUAGUCCGGACCAAAUUGCAGAGCUUGCGGCGAUUGCCGGAGUCACUGUGAAGCAGGCACGAAAUGCCCUUAGUAAUUUCAGAUCCCGCAUGCAGCAGACUGUGCAUGGCUACGACGAUACUGAAUGGGUAUGUAUGCUCCUCGGUCCUGUUACUCCAGAAGGAGAAUGCGUGUUCUGUCGCGAUCCUGUCGAGGACAUGACUCACUUCGACAUGCACAACCUUCACGACUGUCUCGAAAGCAACAUGCACGAACGGAGCUUCGCCCGCAAAGAUCUCCUUAAGCAGCACAUACAACAGAAACAUUUUACAGACACGGAAGAGUCGCUCUCGAAAGCCUUUCAAGUUCCUCAAGCGUGGGAACAAGAGGUGGAUGCUAUCAACAUCAAUAGCGAGGCGCUUUGGUGUGGCUUUUGCACAUAUAUGUGCGAUUCCGUUGCGGAUCGUAUGGAACAUGUUGCUGAUCAUUUUCGGAAUGGCUACGAUAUGGAUGGGUGGGCUUAUCUAACCAUGUGA